AGCGCUUCGAAUGCUACAUAUUUCCGUUAUAUGGGCUCGUGGCGGCAGUCUUAGUUCAGUUUUCCGCAAGAUUGGACAUAAUUUUCAAAGAAUUUUUAAUAUGAGUGAUACCGACGUUGUGAUUGUGUCAGCAGUGAGGACACCCAUAGGAUCACUUUGUGGAUCUUUGUCGUCAUUAAAAGCAUCAGAGUUAGGUACUAUUGUUAUUAAAGAGAGCCUUGCAAGAGCUUGUCUUGACCCUACAGAUGUUUCUGAAGUUAUAGUUGGACAGGUAUUAACUGCUGGUCAAGGACAAAAUCCAGCAAGACAGGCAGCAAUAAAUGCAGGCAUUCCUAUAGCUACUCCAUCAUAUGUAAUUAAUAUGCUAUGCGGUUCUGGUUUAAAAGCAGUUAUGAAUGGUUACAUAUCUAUAAAAGCUAAGGAAUGCCAAAUUGUUGUAGCUGUUGGUCAGGAAAGCAUGAGUCUUGCACCACAUGCCUUACACCUUAGAAAUGGUACAAAACUAGGAGACACUAGUUUUACGGAUACAUUAAUAUUUGAUGGCUUGACAGAUGCAUUCCAUGGAAUUCAUAUGGGUCUAACUGCUGAAAAUAUUUCUAAAGACUUUAAUAUAAGUAGAGAAGAACAAGAUGAAUUUGCAGCUAAAUCUCAGCAAAAAGUAGAAGCUGCAAUUAAUCAAGGCUAUUUUAAGAAAGAAAUUAUUCCUAUAACAGUGCCUACUAAAAAAGAUACUAUUAUUGUGGAUAAGGAUGAGUUUCCCAAGUUUGGGACAACAAUUCAAAAUCUUCAAAAAUUGAAACCAAUAUUUUUGAAAAAUAAUGGUACAGUGACUGCUGGUAAUGCAUCUGGAACAAAUGAUGGAGCAGCAGCAGUAGUUCUUAUGUCAGCAAAAACUGCUACUGAAAAAGGACUCUCUCCAAUGGCUAAAAUUGUGGCAAUGGCACAAGCUGGAGUAGAACCACGUAUUAUGGGCGCGAGUCCCAUUCCGACAGUGGAAUUAGUCUUGAAAAAAGCAGGAUGGACCAAAGAAGAAGUAGAUUUAUAUGAAUUGAAUGAAGCAUUUGCAGCACAAUCGGUAGCAUGUGUGAAGACACUUGGUUUAAAUCCUGAUAAAGUUAAUAUAAAUGGAGGAGCUAUUGCUUUAGGUCAUCCAAUUGGCGCAUCUGGUAAUAGAGUUUUAGUAACUUUACUUCAUUCCUUGGAAAGAACUGGUGGAAAGAAAGGUGUUGCAGCUUUAUGUAUUGGUGGUGGAAUGGGAAUUGCAAUUGCUGUUGAAAGAAAAUAACAAACACUUCAACUAAUUAAACUCAUUUAUACUAUGAAAAUUAAAUUUUGUUGGCAGUUGUGCACAUGUAACAGUAUGUGGUGCAUCAACCACACAUGCCUUUCAUUAUAUUUUCUAACUAAGGUAAAAAUAAUUUUGAAUCAAGAAUUUGUUGAAUUAUUAGACAUUUAUAUAUUAUUGUAACAAAGGUCAAUAAUUACUGUUAUGAAAUAUAUAUAAAGGUGUAGUUGUGUAUUAAUAAUAUAUGUGUAAUUAAAAUAUCUCUCUUAAAAUAAAUCUGUUUUAAUUUUA